CGAAGAAUGUUUUAAGUUUUUUUGACGACUCACGACUCGUUGAGGUGAUCUACCAAAAGGACUAAACAACAAAACAUAUUCUUUAUCCCAACAAAAAAGUCAAUCAUCAUGAAGUUCUCAAUCUCAACACUGAAGCAGGUACAACCAAUCUUGAGCUUCAAGAACAAGCUAUCUAAGGUCAACGUCAACUCUUUUCUCCAUCCCAAAGAAAAAGUCGUCUUCGUGAUGGGAGCUACGGGAUCGGGGAAGUCUCGUCUUGCCAUCGACCUAGCAACUCGUUUUCAAGGAGAGAUCAUAAACUCCGACAAGAUCCAACUCUACAAGGGCCUCGACGUCCUAACAAACAAAGUCACCCCUAAAGAAUGUCGAGGCGUGCCUCACCACUUGCUUGGAGUAUUCGACUCCGAAGCCGGAAACAUAACAGCCACCGAGUAUAGCCGCCUUGCAUCACAAGAAAUUUCAAAACUAUCAGCAAACAACAAGCUUCCCAUAGUAGCCGGUGGAUCAAAUUCUUACAUCGAAGCACUCGCGAAUCAUUCCUCGGGGUUUUUGUUAAACAACUACGACUGCUGUUUCAUUUGGGUUGAUGUUUCCUUACCCGUACUAAACUCCUUUGUCUCAAAACGUGUCGACCGCAUGAUGGAAGCAGGAUUACUCGAAGAAGUAAGAGAAGUGUUCAAUCCGAAAGCGAAUUACUCCGUAGGAAUAAGACGAGCAAUAGGAGUCCCCGAGCUCCACGAAUAUUUACGUAACGAAUCUCUAGUGGACCGUGCCACACAAAGUAAAAUGCUUGAAGUAGCGGUUAAAAAUAUUAAAAAGAACACAGAGAUAUUAGCUUGUCGACAGUUAAAAAAGAUUCAACGGCUUCACAAGAAGUGGAAGUUGUCUAUGCACCGUGUGGAUGCGACUGAGGUGUUCUUGAAACGCAACGUAGAAGAACAAGACGAGGCUUGGGAGAAUCUUGUAGCUAGACCAAGCGAGAGAAUCGUCGAUAAGUUUUAUAAUAAUAAUAACCAAGUGAAAAAUGAUGAUGUUGAGCACUGUUUGGCGGCGUCUUACGGUGGAGGAAGUAGUGGAAGUAGAGCCCACAAUAUGAUAUGAAAAGUUUUGUCAUUGAUCAUGUGAAGCUUUUUGGAGUGUGAAAACGAUGAGUCUCUAAGAUUUCGUAUGUGUGGUGGUGAUUCCCCAGAGGCUUUAUUUCAACGUACAGGUGUGACAUUACCCC